AUGGAGAAAGGAAAUUAUUCACUAGUCACUGAGUUCAUUCUCACAGGGCUGACAGACCAGCCAGAGCUCCAACUACCUCUCUUGUUCCUGUUCCUAGGAAUUUAUGUGGUCACUACAGUGGGGAACCUGGGCAUGAUCAUAUUGAUUAGACUCAGUUCUCAUCUUCACACCCCCAUGUACUAUUUCCUGUGCUGUUUGUCCUUCAUAGAUCUCUGUCAAUCAACUGUCAUCACACCUAAAAUGCUGGUGAACUUUGUGUCAGAGAAAAACACUAUCUCCUACCCUGCAUGCAUGACCCAAUUCUGCUUUUUUGCCUUUUUUGCAAUUUCUGAAUGUUUCAUGUUGGCUGCUAUGGCAUAUGACCGCUAUGUCGCCAUAUGCUAUCCCCUUCGUUACAGUCUUAUAAUGUCUUAUCAAAUGUGUUCAUGGUUGGUGAUUUGGGUCUAUGUACUGGCCCUGGUUGAGGCCACAGUUGACACUGGAUGCUUGUUUAGAGUGUUCUUCUGCAAAGAAAAUGCCAUCAACAAUUACUUCUGUGAUAUCCAUUCAAUCUUGAAGCUCUCAUGCUCUAAUAUCUAUAUCAAUGAAGUGGUGGUCCUGUCCUUCAGCAUAUUUAAUAUCAUUUUCCCAACAUUAAUCAUUUUUUCCUCUUAUGUUUUCAUCAUUGCUAGCAUUUUAAAAAUUCCAUCUAUUGAAGGCAGAUCAAAAGCCUUCAGUACCUGCAGUUCCCACCUUGCAGCAGUUGGUGUCUUCUUUGGCUCUGCGGCAUUCAUGUACCUGCAGCCAGCUUCAGUCAGCUCCAUGGAUCAGGGGAAAGUGUCUUCUGUGUUUUACACUAUCAUUGUGCCCAUGUUAAACCCUCUCAUCUAUAGUCUGAGAAAUAAGGAUGUCAAAAUUGCCUUGAAGAAAGUGAUAAAAAAGAACAUUUUCUUGUAA